AUGUUGUGCCACGGGGACGGUCUGCUGAGCUUCCUCACGGCGCUGCUGGGCGCAGUGCUGGCGCUGAGCCGCAGCCCGGCGCUGGCCUGCCUGCUGACGGCCGGCCUCUACCUGGCGCUGCACCUCUUCAGCCUGGAGCCCGCAGCGCCUCAGAGCGCCCAGCGCGUCCUGCGGCCCCGCGGCGCCGCCGCCCGCAUCGCCCACCGCGGCGGCGCGCACGACGCGCCCGAGAACACGCUGGCGGCCAUUCGACAGGCAGCUGAGAAUGGAGCAACAGGUGUUGAGCUGGAUCUUGAAUUUACUGCAGAUGGUGUUCCCAUUCUAAUGCAUGAUGAAACAGUAGAAAGGACAACUGAUGGGUCUGGAAGAUUGUGUGACUUGACUUUUGAUGAAAUUAGGAGGCUUAAUCCAUCUGCAAAACAUAGGCUAUGGAGCAAAUUCCAAGGUGAAAAGGUACCAACUCUGAGAGAAGCUGUUGUGGAGUCUAUGCAUCACGAUCUUAUAAUCUACUUCGAUGUCAAAGGCCAUGCAAAUCAGGCAGUUGACGCACUAAAACAACUCUACCUGGAAUUUCCGCGUUUGUAUAACAAGAGCAUAGUCUGUUCUUUCAUGCCAGAUGUUGUUUAUAAGAUGAGACAAGCUGACAGAAAUGUUGUAACAGCACUAACACACAGGCCUUGGCAUCUGAGCCAUUUUGGAGAUGGGACACCCCGUUUCAAUUCCUCCUGGAAACAUUAUUUUUAUAUGAUGAUGGAUGUCAUUCUAGAUUGGAGCGUACACAGCUUCUUGUGGCGAUUGUGUGGGGUUUCAGCUUUCCUCAUACAGAAGAAUUUUGUUUCUCAAGAGUAUGUGAGGCACUGGUCUUCAAGAGGAAUUCAGGUGGUUGCCUGGACAGUGAACACAUUUGCAGAAAAAAGCUACUACGAAAGUGUCCUUGAGUCCAGCUACAUCACCGACAGCUUGGUGGAAGACUGUGAUCCUCACUACUAGACCUGUGCUUUGCAGACACUCACCAACCUAAAUAAGCUGUCUUACUCGGGCAACUCCGAGUUCACCAUCGAGAGGUUAUCCACUGGCGCAGACAGGACCACUAAUGAUAGUUCUGGAAAGAGGAAGAGUAGUAAUUUACUUCUGCUGUAUGGUCAGAUCUCUAAUGCAGAAAAACCCUCUGCCGCAACACUGGGCAGAGCUGAGGCACAGCUGUUCGCAGUCUGAGGAGAUCGCGCUGUAAUGUAGAAGGAUCAGAUUUGACAAGCUAACUGGGCAAUACGGUGUAUGUGCAGGUUGCUUUAUACUUCUCAGACUAUACCUUUGCUUUGUUUAAAUCUUGGUUAUAAAGUCAUAGCAGAAAUUUUUGGUGGCAAAAUUUAAAAUCAUACUUUGAUUUUUAGUACUUUAAACAGUCUGUUCUAUGACUGUAUAAUAAUUUGAGGUUGAUUUAUGGCAUCUUAAAGACACCUACAUAAUUGUUCUCAAAAUGGAACCUGAAAAUAAUGGUGCUAAAAUAAAGGGUGAGUAUAUUUCUCUCCUACUGCAUGGAAAGCUGGCUGUGCUGCAUCUUGACAAGGAAAAGAAAGCCGACUUUCCAUGUUCAGUGUGAAGACUAUGAGAAUUAAUGAAUAAAACUUGAGUAUCUUCUUAUCUUCCAGACUUUUUAAAAGAACCAAGGGAGGAUAGAAGAUUAUGUCUUCUAAUGAUACAGCACAUGAAUGUAUUUAUUUUUAGAAGCAAGCUAUAUAUCAAAUGGUGGUAGUGGUAGA